UACUUCAGGAAGAUGGACGGAUACAUGAUUUUUUUCAUAAUUCUUACGGGAGCUAUGGCACGCCAAGAUUUGGAAGAUAAAUCCUUAAUUUUUCCCAGGCAAGAUGACUAUUCAUACUUCACUCUGAAACCAGAGGAGCCCAAGCCAAUGAGCAGUUUCACUGUCUGCCUUCGAUCCUUCUCUGAAUUAAUUGAAUAUUCUCUUUUUUCUUUGGCCACUGAAAAAAAGGAUAAUGCCCUUUCAAUUUACCCAAUGCCAGGAAAUAUGGUCUAUGUUUAUGUAGAUAAUGAAGAAGUCCGUUUCAAGGUAGAUGAAGGUCUUUAUGAAUGGAAGCACAUCUGUGUGAGCUGGACCUCUGAAACGGGAGUGAUUCAGCUUUGGGUCGAUGGAAAACUGUAUCCUAGGAAGGUUUGCAAAAAAGGGUAUUCAUUUCCUGCCUCAACCAGCAUAAUACUGGGACAGGAUCAGGACUCCUUUGGAGGAAAAUUUGAUAAAAACCAGUCCUUCAGAGGUGAAAUAUCAGAUGUCCACAUGUGGGAUUAUGUGUUGUCCCCUGAAAAAAUGCAGAAGGUUCAUCUUAAUGAAUUUAGUGGAAAUGUCCUCAAUUGGAGGUCCCUAGAAAUUCAAAAGAAAGGUGAUGUCCUUAUUGAGCCAAAAAUACUGAGCAGAUCAUCAAGAAUGAAGAAUGUAUGUGCCAUAUGA